AUGGGCCCAUCUCUAAGCCUCCUCCGUCUCUCCAUCUCCACCCUCUUCCUCCUCCACCUCCUCCUCCUCCCUCUCCCCAUCCCCAUCCUCUCCACCACCACCACCACCUACUUCAACUUCUUCUUCCCGUCAUUCGGUCAAUCCGAGGCCACCACCACCCUCGCCGUCCUCGAGGACGCCAACAUCAGCCAGGGCGCCCUCCAGCUCACCCCCCACACCCUCAACAGUGUCGAAAACCUUAUAAACCAGUCCGGUCGCGUCCUCCUAAACCGCCCUUUCACCCUGUGGCAAGACCUCCCUUGCGUCAAGCGCGUCGCCUCCUUCAACACCAGCUUCUCCGUCAACGUCUACAGCAUCGGCAACACCACCCCCGGCGAGGGCUUUGCCUUCAUCAUCGCCCCGGAGCUCGGCAUGCCCGCCCGAAGCGAUGCCGGCUUCCUUGGCCUCACCAACGCCACCCUCAACGGCGACCCCAACAACCACCUCGUCGCCGUCGAGUUCGACACCGUCAAGCAGCCCUACGACCCUGACGACAACCACGUCGGCCUCGACAUCAACAACGUCGUCUCCAACGCCUCCGCCUCGCUGACACCAUUCGGCAUCGAAAUCGCUCCAUCAGACGCCACCAACUACACCAUCUGGAUCGAUUAUGAUGGCGUCGUCCGCCACAUCUGGGUCUACAUGGGCCAGGGCCAGCCGAAGCCCAGCUUCGCCGUGCUUAAUUCGUCGCUCGACCUCGGCGUCCGCGUUCUUCAAGAGUCAUAUUUCGGCUUCUCGGCCUCCACCGGGAGCGACUACCAGGUAAACCGCAUUCUUUCUUGGAGUCUAACCGUCGAGAAUCUCUCCGAAGGCAAUAAUGGUAGCAGCAGCAAGGCUGGAGGCUGGAAGCUCGGCGUGGAGAUCGGUGCUCCGGUGGCCGCUGUGGCACUGCUAGCAGGCCUCCUGGUGUUCUUUUGUAGGAGGCGGCGGCCGGUGAGGGACGACUUGACGAACAAGUUGAAGAGUUUGCCGGGGCAACCAAAGGAGUUUAUGUUGGAUGAGCUAAAGAAGGCUACUAAUAACUUUGAUGAGAAAUUGAAGCUUGGGCAGGGGGGAUUUGGGAUGGUGUACAAGGCAGUGCUGCCAGGGGACAAUCCAGGAGAGAAGAUUGAAGUGGCCGUGAAGAAGUUUUCGAGGGACAACAGCAAGGGUGGUCAGGAUGACUUCAUUCACGAGCUCAGCAUCAUCAAUCGCCUCCGCCACAAGCAUCUCGUCCGUUUAGUUGGGUGGUGUCAUGACGGUGGUGUUCUACUCUUGGUGUAUGAUUACAUGCCCAAUGGCAGCCUAGACCAGCACCUAUUCGGCGGCGCUGACAAGCCUGUGCUCAGCUGGACGCAGCGCUACAAAAUCAUCGCCGGCUUGGCGUCGGCCCUCGACUACCUCCACAACGGGUACUAUCAGAAGGUGGUUCACCGCGAUCUGAAGGCCUCCAACGUCAUGCUGGACGCCUCCUUCGAAGCCCACCUUGGCGACUUCGGCCUCGCCCGCACCAUCGACGUCGACAAGUCCUCCUACACCGAGCGCGAGCUCGGCGGGGUACCCGGCACCAGGGGCUACAUCGCCCCGGAGUGCUUCCACACCUGCCGCGCCACCCGUGAGUCCGACGUCUUCGCCUUCGGCGCCGUCAUCCUUGAGACCGUCUGCGGCCGCCAGCCCCUCUACAAGGUCGCGGUCGGAUUCCAGUUCCUUGCCGAUUGGGUCUGGAAGCUACACCGGGAGAGCCGCCUCCUUGACGCCGUGGACCACGACCUCACCCAUGCCGGUGAUUACGUGGUCGCUGACGUUGAGAGGCUCCUUCUGCUUGGGUUGGCGUGCAGCCACAACACCCCGGCGGAACGGCCGAAGACAAAAGCGAUAGUCCAGAUCAUAUCCCGAUCGAUAGAUCCACCGGCAGUGCCUCCAUUCAGGCCGGCAUUCGUGUGGCCGAUGGUGGGGCCCAUCGAUGGGGAGGAGGAGGAGUUUAGGAUCACCAUUGAGUUGGUGGAUCAGUCCAACCGCGAAGCGACAUAAAUGUUUUGAGCCCUUCUUUCCAAGUAAAAACUUAGUUAAAAUUAGUCUGCCACGUAUAUUAUAGAUAAAGCCCAUAAAAAGGUG